UUCCUUUGCUUUCUGUAUCAUGAAUCAAAAAUGGAGAGGAGCAGGUUGGAGAAAUUUAUCAAAUCAACAUCUAACAUUACUGCAGUCCAAAAUGAAGAGUUAGACUUCAGAAAUGGAUAAGAAAUCAUCUUCUGAAACUUCUCGGCGGUCACCAUACUUCUGUUGUCCGGGCCUUUAUCCCAGCACUUUCAUCAGAACAGCGCUUUUAUCUGCCAUCUUUUUACUUUGUGUGAGCUUUGUGGCCUUACUGUUAUGCGGAGUAUUCUAUGCCAGUGGAAGUUCGGUAUUCUUCUACGUGAGUGCCACCAUUAUGUUAUCUGCAGCAGCCAUGUUAACAUUGUUCUACAUCUGGCUGAACCGCAGGAGUAUACCAAUACAUUUGCGCUGCCCGUCUUCAGUUUCGAGCAAUAAAGCGGAAAUUGCGACAGUAACUUUGUCUGAGUAUUAUUCCCAGACCCCAACAGGAAUGAAAUCCGAUUAUCCGAUGGGGCCUAACCUUGUGAUGACCUUACCCAAGCCUUCGAACGAAAGAGAUCGCAGCCCAACGCUGGAUUCUGAAGAUUACAGUGUUCCAAAUACUCCUAAAUAUGCUAAGAAAAAAAUUGCCAAACGAGCUAAAAAUGUACCCCCUUUGGCAAGUGCAGAGACAUUGACACCUUCUCUCAUGUCAUCCUGCUAUGGAAGUAUAGACAGUGUCGUCUAGUCAGUUUACAGUAUUCGAAGACAUCGGAAAAGAGGAGAAGAACGUUUUAACGCACACAACAUUAAAUCAAGUUUCUCUGAUAAGCUUUGAAACAAGUGGUAUUAUCGAAAUAUCUUUGCUUGGCAUAUCAUUCAAGAACACUACAUAUUAUUUAGUAGCCAGUUUCAUUUUCAUAACACGUUACAAAACAAUUUUCAGGGAUUUACAUAUAUUCUUAUUAUGUCAAAGCACACGAAGACUGUCUGCCUAAGAUAAGGAUGCCUUCGUGGAGGACUUUCUAAGAAAAACUGGCUGGUAUAAACGUUACACAUAGGGAAAACCACAAAAACGCCCAUGCAGCCAGCCCGUUCAACUGGAUUCCAACACCGUUAAAUCUGAAUGCAAAUGUACAGUGCUAUUAUUCUGUCGUGUGCUUCGCUUGUGUACUUGUAAUGGAAAAUAAAUGUAUUUACGAAUUGAUUGAGUGUAAAAUUCGGACUUGAAUAAAAGAUAAAUGUUUUCUUAUU